CUCUGCAGUGCUGUUCUGUGGUGUGCCGUGCCGUGCAGUGGUGUGUGUCGGCGUGCGGCGAUGUGGCGUCGCGCCGUGUCCUCGUAGUGUGCUCCUGCAACCCCGCCUGUCUCAGCUCCCCGCGACCGUCUCUCCGCCGUCAUGGGCAAGAGUGGCAGCAAGCUCCGCAAGAAGCGCAGCCAAAGCAUCGCGUGGAGCUUCCGGUUCCCGUCGCUGAGUUCGCUGUCGCGCCGCAAGAUGGCAGUGCCGCCGUCGCGGCCGCACAUGGACGUGCGCACGUGGAUCGAGGUGCUGGAGCUGACGCAGUACGCCGCGCUCUUCGAGAAGUUCGACGGCGUCGAGGACCUGCUUACGUUCUCUGAGGAGGACAUCAGGGACCUGGGCGUGAAGAACUCGGCGCACCGCGCCAGAAUCGUCUCCAGCCUCGUCGCGCUGCGGGCCAAGUACGAGAAGAGUGCGAGGCGGAAGGACAAGCCGCAGCGCCACAGCGUCGCCGUGGAGCCGAGCCGUCUGGUGCAGCAGAACGGCACGUGA